UUUGAAGCUAUUAUACACAGACAACGGACACAGCUUCCAAAAGCUAAAAGCUUAAGGAAUCACAUUAAAGCAAGCAGAUCCUAAGGAAUCUUAAGGAAACAGAGAACAUGUCGACAUUUUACAUUCCUUCUGUUGGCUUUUUACUGCUUAUAAGUUUGGCGCUCACAAGCGCCCACCCGCUACAAAGUACAGCCUUGACCACAGAAGACCUGGACAUCUUGAAGCUUCUGCUCAGCCAACUGGAAGAAUCAGCUCCUGUUCAAACACUGGAACCGGAAGUGGAAGAAACAGGGGUUAAUGAAGAUGAAGUUGUAUCUCAGCCUGAGUUGCUUGCUAGGGACUUUCUUUCUGCUAGGGACCUGAAGACAGUUCGCCAAGACUCCAGCUCCAAGAAGUACUCGGGUUGUUUUGGCCGCCGGCUGGACCGGAUCGGCUCCAUGUCGACUCUGGGCUGCAACACUGUUAGACACCAGAAACCACAGAGAAAAUGAGGUCUUAAGCAGAACUGCUGUCAUUGACUGAGAUGACUUCAAGAUUAAAUUGUUAAAUGUGUACUUAUUUAUUAAAAUAUUUAUUGAUCUGUCUGGAUAUAAAUGUAUAUUUAUAUGCAUUCUUUAUUUAUUCUCAACAGUGAGUUGUAUAUGUAAAUGAAAUACUCAAUAAAUG